AUUGUCAUAAUAUUGGCUGCUAAUGUUGAAGGUGGUGUCAACAACUGGAAAAGAGCUGAGGACUGGUCAAUUGAAAGAACCUCGAUUCUAAAUAAGAAAAUAUACUCAAAGAUCCAUGGUUACAAUCUAAUUAUAAAAGAUUUCACCAAAAAAAAGAAAUAUUCAAAUGAGUUUAGAGAAAGCUGGCAAAAGUUUGAUGUCAUUAGAAGUAUCAUGAAGGAUAACGAAUUUAAAGAAAACACUUGGUUUUUUUACCUAGAUCUAUAUUCAUUAAUAAUGGAACCAAAUAUGUCAAUUGAAGAAUUGAUAUUCAAAAAUCUAAAUCAAAAGAGUUUUCAAACAUUGUCAUAUUUUAAUCCCAAUAAAAUCAAAAUCGAUAUCCCAUACCUAAGUUUUGGUAAUAAUGACAAUAGCGAUAAUAAUAAUAAUAAUAAUCAUAUCGAUGAUAAUAUCAGUUUAAUCAUUAGUCAAGACUGCUAUGGCUUUAAUUUAAACUCCUUUUUAAUUAAAAAAAGUAAUUGGACCAACUUAUUUCUAGAUUUAAUUUGGGAACCAAUUUUUUAUAAAAAACUAAUUGAUAUCAACGGCUACUUGAACGAAGAAAGAAUCUUGGAAUAUUAUUACAGUAAACAAUCGUGGAUUAGAAAUGGAAUGUUAUUCUUACCAAACAAGAUGAUGAAUUCUUUAAAAAAAUUACUAUACAAUUGGAAAGAUAGAGAUUUUUUAGUCAACAUGAAUGGAUGCAAAAAUAAAUUCAAUAGAAACUGCUGGGAAGAAAUGGAAUUUUAUAACAAAUUAAGUAAAAACCUAAGGCUAAGUUGGUUUAAAAAACUAUUU